AUGAUCGAACCACCCUCAAACCAAGAAACAACCCCACUCGAAACCAUUCGCGAGUCCGACACUCCUGAAACAACACCAGACUGGCUGACACGACGUCUCGCAAAAACCCUCGAUAGCCAACUCUUCGUCGGUAAUGCAGGAGCCUUAAAGUACGACUAUCUCGGACGGAAUGGCGACGAACUAGACGGCAACCAUUACACCAUAACAUCUGCAGUCGGAAGCAAAGUCGGAAUUCACGAAUAUCCAACUCAAGCCGUAUCGUCAGAUCAGGACUCGGACCCAGACCUCGUCCUCCUCUUCUUCCACGGCAACCUCCGACCUACACGAUAUCUCUCCAAAGAAAUCUUCCAACCCCUCGUCGAGAACGGGAUAACAGUUAUCGGUCGUGAUUUCGUCGGCUACGACGCAAGCUCAUUCGUACCAAAUGUCGACGGCGCAAUGGAAAUUGCCGCCAUAGCAAACGACGAAGCUGUCAUCAACUGGACGCUCGAGAAGUAUCCGAAAGCCCGCAUCGUCAUCUGCGGUCGUUCAAUGGGUGCACUGUGCCUAGCUGGUCAUUUAGCUCGGCCCAGAGUGAUAGGGGCUAUUGGCAUCGUGCCAGUCACGAGCUUGGAUUCUCUAGUAGAUGGUUUGGUGGCGUGGAUUCCGUGGCCUCUGAGUGAUUUGGUUUGUCGUCUUGGUUAUCCCGAUGCCAUUGCGCAUGAGGCGUUCCCUCCGGGAUUUCGGUCGAAGGCUGAGCCGAGUAUUGUUACGAGUGGGUUUGCGUCGAAGUUUACGGAUGAUAUACGCGGUAAAUUGGUUUUUCUUUUCCCGGCGGAGGUGGAUGAGUUUGUUCCUAGUGGUCGGAUUGAAGUUCUUCAGCGGGAGAUGGAAGAGAAGGGGUGUAUUGUUAAUGUUGAUUGGUUGAAGGGGGGUCAUCAUGUUUUACCGACAUCUGAUCAGCUAAUGCGGGCUUUGGAAGAGCUGAGAUACUAG